CUCGUUUUGCCCUGCCUUUGCCCUAUACCCGCCACCAUCAGCAUCGAGUUUUCGCUCUUCCCCUUCGCUCCCUCUUUCUGGUUUGCCUUCUCUUUCUCCUACUCUCAUAUUCGGCCGCCAUUGUUGUGAACUAUCGCUUCAUUUUACUUACCCCUAAAUCUUCCUACGAACUUCUACAUUAAGAAGUGAGGAAGAUUCCGGCAGCUUUUGCCUUGUUGGUCUUAUCAGACCAUCAGUUUGGGUCGAGCUAGAGCUGUUCAAUCGAUUGCGGGACAAGAAACUCGUUCGUUUCUGUUGCCUCAAUAACAGAACUCAAGCCUUUGUUGCCUAGAUUGUUACUGCAACUGAUCGAAUCGAAGUGCUGCAGCGAACAGGGAGAAGAGAAAAUGAUAUCAACGAUUUCCUGGGUUCCAAAAGGGGUUUGUAAGCCUCUUCCAGUCGUGGCCGACCCCCCUUCCAAGGAGACUAUUGAUGAAAUCCUCAAGAGCAAGGAUGUCUUGGAGGAGUCCAGCAAACAUAGCGAUGAUGAGAUUGAUGAUGCAGUAGAGGACAAAGGCAUGGAUGUUGAUGACUCCAAGGAUGAAGAGAUUGCCAAUGCACUUGCUGUCGCACAAGCACUUGGAAAAUCGUCUGAAAGCACAAAGUCAGAAACCAAAUAUGAUGAUAUCGCUGAUGGUUUGAAGGAACUCGACAUGGACAAUUAUGAUGAUGAAGAUGAUGAAAUUGAGUUAUUUACCUCUGGAGUUGGAGACCUUUACUACCCAAGUAAUGAUAUGGACCCAUAUCUCAAGGAUAAGGACGAUGAUGACUCUGAAGAUGAGGAUGAGACCAUCAAACCAACAGACGCAGUUAUAGUUUGUGCAUGUAAUGAAGAUGACGUCAGUGUUCUCCAGGUUCGGAUAUAUGAAGGAUAUGGUGCAGGUGAACCAAACUUGUAUAUUCACCAUGAGAUAAUUAUUCCUGCAUUUCCUCUUUGCACAGCUUGGCUAGAUUGUCCUCUGAAAGGUGGAGAAAGAGGAAACUUUAUUGCAGUUGGUUCAAUGGAGCCUUCCAUUGAGAUAUGGGACCUUGACAUUAUUGACGAGGUGCAACCAUCUGUGGUAUUAGGUGGAAUUGCUGAGAAGAAGAAGAAGAAGAAAGGAAAGAAAACCAUAAUUACAUACAAAGAGAACAGUCACACGGAUUCAGUACUUGGACUGGCUUGGAAUAAGGAAUAUAGGAAUAUACUUGCUAGUGCAAGUGCUGACAAGCAAGUCAAGAUUUGGGACGUAUCUACUGGACAAUGUGAUAUAAACAUGCAGCAUCACACAGACAAGGUUCAAGCCGUCGCUUGGAAUCAUCAUUCGCCACAAGUUCUCCUUAGUGGAUCUUUUGAUCAUUCAGUAGUUUUGAAAGAUGGGAGAAAUCCUUCCCAUUCAGGUUACAAGUGGCUUGUUACAGCAGAUGUGGAGAACUUGGCAUGGGAUCCGCAUACAGAGCACAUGUUUGUGGUGAGUCUAGAGGAUGGAACAGUGAAAUGUUUUGAUAUCCGGAAUGCCACCACAGAGACUAGUUCUGAAUCAAAAGCAAGUUUUACUCUCCAUGCGCACGAGAAAGCUGUGUGCUCAGUUUCUUACAAUCCUUUGGCACCUAAUCUACUUGCAACUGGAUCCACUGACAAAAUGGUUAAGUUAUGGGACUUGUCCAAUAAUGAACCUUCAUGUGUCGCAUCCACAAAUCCUAAAGCAGGAGCUGUGUUUUCGGUUUCCUUCUCAGAAGACUGCCCCUUUUUGCUGGCUAUAGGAGGCUCCAAGGGCAAACUGGAAGUGUGGGAUACGUUAUCUGAUGCUGCAGUCUCUCGAAAGUUUGGAAAUUACAGGCAGCCGAGAUCUUAAAUUGUUAAUUUAUUUAGUGGUAAAAAAAAAGCCGAAAAAUGUCUGGUUUGUGUAGGUAGUUUUUGGAUCCUUUUUAACAACUGGGCUUUGCCCUUAAAAUUUUGAAGCUGUUUGAGUUUAUUACUAUUACAUUCCCUGCAUUUUCUUGUAGCAGGGCGUUCCAAAACUUGCGAGUAUAUAUAAUUCCCCCGCCUCCAAUUAAUUUCUUUAA